UACACUUCACCGCGCAACUUUUGCCGCCCUAGAGACAAUGGUCGCGUGCGCUGCGACGCACUGGGCGGUGCCCUGAGCUAAUUACUGCGGGACGUCAUGGAGGCUCGGCGUCGCCGCCGAGAACUGGGGAGUCGGGGUGCGGCUUGCUCGCCUUGGACCAGAGCUUGUGCUCAAUGGGUUCCAUGACGUUCACGCGCGUCCACUGGUACUUGGCGGCCUCCGUGCACCUGCUCAGCUUCACCUGUGUGGCCUCGAGGGGCGCAUUGUCAAUGCACUGUGGGAAGAAUCGCUGCCUGCCGUUGUCCUCCCAACCUCCAUCGAGCUGCACAGCACCGAUGUCGUCGGCGACCCGGAACAUCUGCUUACGACCAGCCGUCGGCUCAUGGCACGGGUACAAGAUCGGCACGCCCCCGUUGCCUGCAUCGAUGCAAUACCCGAGGGGCACGAAUGAUACCUGGUGCCGGUCGCUGAGCUCUUUCCAGCGCAUGUUGUCCUGGCACUUGCGCAUCAUCAGCCGCACCUCCAAUGGCCCUCCUUGCUGGUGGCGAUCGCCAGUCAGGCACUGGCUGGAGUCGAUGUCCAACAACUGAAAACUGCCGUCGGGCCUGAUGUCGUGGCGCUUCAGCCUCUGCCCAGCCUUUGGGGUGCACGCCUUCAGCUUCAUUUGGGAAGGCACCUCCUUCAUGGUGAUGCCCUUUCUCGAGUUGUCCACAUCAACGCAACGGCUCGUGGCCGAAUCCCACAACAGCCUGUCGUCCUUGAACUGCCAGACUUGGUUUGGGUUCUCCACCUGCCCGUCGUAGCAGGGAUAGACCAGCAGCUUCGAGCCGCCGGCCGCAUCGAGACACUGCCCGUCAGCCACGCGCACCACCAGACCCAUCUCCGUCUGCUCUGCGUGGAAGACCUGCCUGGAAUCGCUGUCGUCACACUCGGCAACGCGCAGCGCCCACCCCAAGCUGCCAGCGCCGGCGGCAUCGACGCGCGCUGCCGCCAGGCACAGGCCGCCUUGCCUGAACUGCACGGGCUGGGCCCCCUGGGUGGGCCCGCCCGCCCGCGCCGCCUCCCCGGUCGCAGGCUUCGCCUGCAGCGUGCAAAUGGAGGCCAGCCCUGGCUCGGCAGCGCCGUGCAGCCCUGACCCUCGCGGCCCUCGCAGAAGCUGCGGCACCACGCAGUCCUCGCCGCUGCGGUACAGCAGCUUCCCGCUCGCGGCGUCAAGGCUGAACACCUGGGCGUCGUUGAAGCCAGAGAUGUCGCACUCGAACGUCUGCACAGGCUGACCAGGGCCCGUCGCCAUGAGGCACUGGAGGAAGUUCCAGUUGUGGAUGCCGCUGCAGCAGGGAGCGCCGGGCUUCGUCCUGUUGCGAUUGCCCGCGUGCCACAGCUGCAGCUCGGAUAUGCCGUCUGUGCCUGUUGACAAGCAGCCGCUGCACGGCCGACUGGCACGCCCGUGCCCCUCCUCCAGUCUGGCGGAGCACGGGGCCAUGAUCACCGCGUGGGGCGGUUCGUCCUUUGGAAGACGCUCCAGGCACAGGCCAGUGCUCUCCUCGCGGAGCUGAAAGACCUCCCGCGGUAUGAGGCCGCCGUCAAAGUAGACGUACGAGAAGCGCUGGAUGUAUGAAGAGAAGGGCGCGCACCUCUGUUGCUUCUUCAGCCGAUCGAAAUUCUCAAACGUGCCCAAGUGGUGCUCCCCACUUUCGAACUGCCUGUACUCUGGGAACGUGAAGCUCUUCUCCGCGAACUCGCUGAACCAAGCCUUCACCGCGCGGCCCUUGUUUCGCAUGACGUCCUCGGUGGGCAUCGGGUACUGUAGGCGCGUCUUGGGGUUGCUGGCCACGCGCCACAUGUGCGCGACGUAGGCGCCCUCUGCUACCUCGAUGCGGCCGCCACAGAGCCACACACGGAGCGACUGGUCGAUGUUCUCGCCGCCCCAGGCCACCAUGUGCUCGUCAUAGCCUCCAGUCUCAUACCACCACUUGCGCGUGAGUGCCAGCAGUCCGCCGCUCAUCAGAGGCACGUCGCGGCCAGGGUUGCCAAGCCAGGUGAAGUCGGCGUUCCAGAGGAUGAAGCAGGCCUUGCUGUGGGCACCCGCGUCUUCCUGCCACGUCUCUGGGUCGAGCGAGGUGAUGGUUGGCACCACGACGGUCCGGUGGUCGCCGGCUCGCUGCAUCUGCUUGACGAAGGCCUCCUCCCAGCCGUCCCUGGGGCUGACGUGGCAAUCAAAGAACACGAUGAUGUCGCUCACCGCCGCGUCUCCCCCCGUCUUCUUGGCGGCGAUCAGGCCGAGCGUUUUGUUGUGCCGCAGUAGGCGCACCUUCGGGUUGCUCUUGAGCCUUUCGGGGAGCACCGACGAGAGCGGCGGAGUGCUGCCGUCGUCGACCACGAGCACCUCUUGGAGCCGCCAGUUGGUGUGGUUCCAGAGGGAGUCCACCGUCCUCUCCGCAUAGCCCCCCUCGAAUGCGCAGGGGAGCACCACGCUGAUCGUGCCCCACGGCGCCCCUGAAGGCGGACGCCCCCCCCCUUCCUCCCUCCAGCCGCGCAUCGACUGCCCCUCACGUCGGCGCGCCCCACGCCAGGGCCCCUCCGUCCGCGCCGUCCUGGCCCGGCGGGAGCGCCUGGGCGUAGGAGGCGCACAGCAGCAGGGCCAGGACGAUGGCGCUGGCCGCCGCGGCAGGCAGGCCGCGGGGCACCGCGGCGGAGAUCGCAGCGCCCAGCAGCAGGGCGACGAGAUCGAUGUCCACGUCCCCGGAAGGAUGCCCCCGCGGCGCGGCCGGAGCCCUCAGGGCGACGACCGCGAGCGGCAGCGCCAGCGCCGGCAGCACCGCCGUGCCCAGCUGGUCGGGCCGUGCCGGUCAGCGGAGGCAUCCAGCCUCCUGGCCGCCGGCGCGCCCGCGGCGGCCGGCCGCGCCUUCACCAUGCAGCGGGGCUGGGGCCGAGCCUGCCGGCAAUGCCGCCCGGCGCCGCGGGCAUGCCGCGGCGCAGCUCGCCGGGGCCCUCCCUGCAGGGCGGGGGCUUUUGACAAAUCUCGGCCUCAGACUCCCGCUGGUCGCUGCGAGCAGCUCGAGCCAAAGGCU